AUGCGAAAUGCGAGGGUUGGGCCGCAUUUGCAACCUCAGGCAUCAAAGGAGAGCUUCGCAUUUGCGAAGCAGGCGUCGCAUUUGCGACUGGCCUUCCGCAUUUGCGAGUCAAGUGGUCGCAUUUACGAUCAGGCCUGCCCAGGUCCUAUUUUCGCAUUUGCGAUGAAGAAGACUAAAUGGGUGGGGAACAGGGCUCGGGAGGUGGAUGGUUUUAAGUUGUGGUAUUCAGGGAGGGUGAGAGGGAAGAAUGGGGUAGGCAUUUUAGUUGAUAAGGAUCUAAGGGAGCUAGUGGUUGAGGUUAUGAGGGUGAAUGACAGGUUGAUGGCCAUUAAGAUAGUCGUGGGAGGGUAUACUCUGAACGUAGUUAGUGCUUACGCACCUCAGGUGGGUUUGGACGAGGAGGUUAAAAGAUGCUUCUGGGAAGAUUUGGAUGGGUUGGUUUGGGGUAUACCGUCCACCGAGAAGCUUAUUAUAGGGGGUGAUUUUAACGGCCACAUUGGGAGGUCGCCUGGGGGAUAUGAUGAUGUGCAUGGUGGCUUGGGUUUUGGAGAUAGAAAUGGUGGAGGUACUUCGCUGCUGGAGUACGCCAAAGCUUUUGAGCUGGUGAUCGCUAACUCGUAUUACCCGAAGAAGGCGGAGCACCUGAUAACUUUUCGGAGUGCGGUGGCCAAGACCCAGAUUGAUUAUCUACUUCUCCGAAAAUAUGAUAGAGGUUUAUGCACGGAUUGCAAGGUCAUCCCGAGUGAGAAUCUUACGACCCAGCAUAUGCUUUUGAUUAUGGACUUAGAGAUCAGUUGGACGAGGAAGAAAAGGGCUAUGUCUAGUAUACCUAGGGUUCAGAGGAAAGUGGAAGCCAAGAAAGCGACAUAUUUGAAGCUAGUAGAGAGUAUCGACGAGGGGCAGAAGAGUGCUAACAGAGAAGGGUAUAAGAAGGCUAGGAAGGAGGCGAAGUUGGCGGUUACUGCGGCUAAGACCGCCGCGUUUAGUCGUCUAUACAAAGAAAUUGGGGAUAAAGGCGGGGAAAGGAAGUUAUACAGACUAGCGAAGAUGAGGGAGCGGAAGGCCCAGGAUCAGGACCAAGUGAGAUACAUAAAAGAUGAGGAGGGAAGAGUUUUAUGGGAGGGGGCACAGAUUAGGCAGAGAUGGCAGUCUUACUUUCAUAGGCUCUUGAAUGAAGAGGGAGAUAGGGGCAUUGUGCUGGGGGAGUUGGAGCACUCGGAGUGGCAGCGAGAUUUUGGGUACUGUAGACGUAUACGAGUGGGGGAGGACGAAGAAGAUGCCCGAAGAAUGGAGGCGGAGUACGAUGAUCCCGCUGUACAAGAAUAA